AUGAACAGGGAUGUUGAGUCAGCCAAGCAGGAAGAAAAGGCUGAAUCUUCAGAAAUUAAGAACGAUUCGACAAGUUCAUCGGCCGGGAUAGGAUUGAUCUCUCAGGAUCAGCCAUCUAAGGCCGAUAAAAUCAUUUUUGAAAAACCACCUUUGUCCAUGACACAGCAGUUGAGGCCGUUGUAUGUUAAAGUAUGGGUUGAGGGUCAGCCAAUCAAUAGGGUUUUGGUUGACAAUGGUUCGGUGGUGAAUGUCAUUCCAUCAACUACUUUGAAGAAAUUGGGUAAAACCAUGGAUGAUGUAGUUCCAACCGACGUGGCCAUCAGUGGUUUUAAUGGAGGAUCUAGUAACACUAAAGGUAUUCUACCUUUGGAAAUUACUAUUGGCGGUAAGACAUCCUUUACGGCUUUCUUUAUCAUUGAUUCAACCGCGGCCUAUAAUCUCCUUUUAGGCCGAGAUUGGAUUCAUCCUAACAUGUGCAUCCCAUCAACCUUGCAUCAAAUGUUGAUUUUUUGGGAUGGAAAUGAGGUAAAAAUUGUUGAGGCCGAUAAUAAACCCUUUAUAGCUAGGGUGUAUUCGGCUGAGGCUGCUCUUUAUGAUGAAACUGUUAAGCAGCUCGGCCGAAAAUUGAUAUUUUCAGGUCGACCAUCAAGGACAUUGAAGAUGUUACUGAUGGAUCACAAAACCAAUGAAGAAAAGAAGCGGCAAGCUUUCAGGGCCGCUUGCAUAAGACUGAAAGCAUAUCUGGCUGAGAAGAGACUGGCCAGAGAAGAACAGCUAUAUGAAGAGGUAUCGGCCAGCACGGCCGAUAUAAUUGAAGAAGGUUUCGAAAAGCUGGAUGCAAUCCAACUUGAAGAUUUGGAGUCAGCCCCUUCCAGGAUGGAAGAUAAUAAAGUAGAGGUGCAAUAUCCUUUAUUGGAAAUAAAUGUUGAGAUGCCUGGCCUGUCUAGAAAAUUGGUAGAACAUAGAUUACCGAUCAAGAAAGAUUUUCAGCCAUAUAAACAACCACCAAGAAGGAUGUCUUCGGAAGUAAUGCUCAAAAUUAAAGAAGAAAUUGAGAGACUUCUUAAGGCAGGAUUUAUUCGAACAGUUAGGUAUGUUGAAUGGCUUUCUAAUGUUGUUCCGGUAACGAAGAAGAAUGGCAAACUUAGAGUUUGUGUGGAUUUUUGCAAUUUAAAUAAUGCCACUCCAAAAGAUGAAUAUCCAAUGCCUGUGGCCGAUCAACUUAUUGAUUCGGCCGCUAAGCAUGAAAUAUUGUCUUUUAUGGACGGCCAUUCAGGUUAUAAUCAAAUCUAG